AUUCACAGAACAUGGCUCAGAUUUUUUUAUAAUUCAAAAAAAUCAAUCGUGCAGUGGGUUGUGAUAGCGAUCAUGAUUGAUGCAGCGGUAAUUCGUAUUUAUUACUCGAAAGAACACUACUCCCAGCAGAUUUGAAUCGGAUGUAAUUGGUAUAUACAAAAUAGUUAAGUAUUGUUCUGUUUGCCGAACUCAUCAUCAAUCGGCAGUAAUACGCUUUUGAAUUAACUAGCAAUUUUAGAAAAACGAAGUUAAGGUACCGGUUAAAGAAAACGUUUUUCGAAAGUAUUGGGCUUUGAUAUUUUGCUGGAAUAUGGACUUGCAGUCUACAGUUUUCUGAACUUCUACCAUGAUCGUCGCGUAUUAGUUUGGCAUACAGAGAGUCUCUGGUGGGGGAGAGCGAGAGAGAUGGCGGCGGGAGAGAGUGGUGCGAGCACGAUUCGAUGGAAUGAAAGCCAACGGAGGUUCGAGACGGAGGACGGGAAGGCUUACAUCCAAUACGCGCUCGUAAGGGAGAGCGAAGAGGGAGAAGGAAACCACAAUCCGAAGGUGGUGGCUAUGGAUCUGAUCCACACCUACGUGCCCAACAGCAAGAGAGGGCAGGGUGUUGCCGCCCACCUCUGCAACUUCGCCUUUAACCACGCCCAGGCCCACUCCCUGUCCAUCAUCCCUUCCUGCUCCUAUGUCUCCGAUACUUUUCUUCCUCGUAAUCCUUCUUGGAAUACCCUUGUAUAUGACAAGAACCUGAAAUCUUCAAUGUGAAUUUUCUGUUUCAACUGCACUGCAGCUGCCAAAACUUUGUUAGCAUUGUUCGGUUGGCCGACCAUGAACUUUUUUGUGCUGAGUUUUUGCAAUAUAUGUGCCAAUAAUUGUCUUUGAUUUUACGGGCAUCACAUGAAAGAGAAUGUACUUUGCUUGAGACAGUUGAGGUAAAUAUUUAACUGGCUGAUCAAAUAUAUAACUAAGUUAUAUUAUGAAUAUUUAA